AUGUCUUCCAUCAAGACUGCUCUCACAGACGCGAUAUCCGCGGAGCUUGGCUCAUUUAUCGUCAGCAAGUCUUCAACAUUUGCUUGUGGCGGUACGAUUCCUAUCCAAGGAGUGUCAGACACUCCAGGCGAUCUUAAGCCUGCUGGUAUCACCUUCCCAUUUGCGCUCCGCUGGGAUUCCAAAUACUCCGCUACUGGUGUAGGCAAGCUUACCUUUCCCGUUGAUCCCACCAACACGAUGGAGAUGCAAAACUUUUCGAAGCUUCUCGAGGAAUGUGAGCCUGCCAGCUUCGGUUACAAAGGCGAGGAUGUGCUCGACGAGACCUAUCGCAAGGCAACAAAGUUGGAUCGCUCUGCAUUCUCGGUCGACUUCUGCCCAUAUGAGCUUGGAAUCAUCGACAGAAUUGCCCAGAUCUUGCUUCCCAACGCAAAGAGCGACGACGGUGCGCACAUCGGUUCCUCGACGCACGGUGUGAGGGCCGAGCUCUACAAGCUGAACAUCUAUGGUGCUCCUUCAGGCUUCUUCAAAUCUCAUGUCGACACCCCUCGAUCAGAUCUCCAGUUUGGAUCUCUGGUUGUGUCACUCCCAUGCCACUAUGAGGGAGGCCAACUCAUUGUUCGCCAUGCAGGGCACUCCAUGACCUUUGACUGGGGCGCAUCUGAACUAGUGAAUACAUCCGUGCAAUGGGCUGCGUUCUACAGCGACUGCGAGCAUGAGGUGUUGGAAGUUACGGAGGGUAACCGAGUCACGCUGACCUACAACUUGUUCUACACUUCAGACAUCGGCGAGCUGGUAGGCAAUGGCCCUACUAUGAGUGUGAAGAGCCUACCGCUGCAUUCGAAGAUUCAAGAAGCCUUGGAUAACCCAGAUUUCAUGUCAAAUGGUGGCUAUCUUGGAAUCCACUGCCAACACGCUUACGCUCACUCGACCAAGGAAGGCGCGCAGCAACUACCGGGUGUUCUCAAGGGCUCGGACAUGGCCGUCUAUUCUGUGUUCCAGUCGCUUAGGCUUGAGAUCGAGGUCAAGUCUGUCCUUGAUAGUCAGAAUGGGCUUUUCCGAGACCAGUAUCGUUAUUACGAUGACUCCGAUGAGACCACCCGGAAGAAAGACUUGAGCUACAUUCGGCGUUUGGGUGAAGUGGUUGUGACAGAGACUGGGGGUUAUGAGGAGCCGUUACAGGAGAUCAUCGAUGAGUUCGGUGACGCUGUCGACGUCCUCUGGCUUACCCAACCUCGCCAUGCGAAUGUUGGCAUGGUUCAUCUUACCUACGGUAAUCAGGCCGGUAUCAACGCUAUCUACACCUACGCAGCUCUUAUCGUCAACAUCCCAAAAGCUGCAAUCCGUGGUCGCGCGAGCGAUGCGGCAUCCUUCACUUGA